GCCAGUGCUGCACCUGGGCCCGGCCGGGCCGCCGAUUGGCCGGCGCGGGGGUGACCCGGCUGUAUCGCGAGACGAGAUUGGCAGCGGCGGGGCGCAUGUGCCCCCGCGCUGGCUUUGUACGCGGAGCCGCCUGCCGGUCCUUUAACAAUGGGCGGCGCGAGCGCCCCGGCCCUGGGCCCGAGCUGAGGCCGGCUCUUUGCGGCCGACUGUCCGCGGCAUGAGCGGGGCCGGCGUUCCCCGCACGCCGGCGGGGCUGGGCCUGUGAGGGCCGCGGUUCCGGACUGAAGUUGCCGCGUCUGGCCAGGCGCGCCGCCCGGUCCCAUGGAGCUGGAGGGGCAGUGGUGGCGGGGACAGCUGGCUGCCGAUAUCCAUCAAGCUCUUCGGUACAAGGAGCUGAAAUUGCCUUCCUAUAAAGGCCAGUCCCCUCAACUAAGUCUCAGAAGGUAUUUUGCUGACUUGAUUGCCAUUGUGAGUAAUCGUUUCACACUCUGCCCUUCUGCUCGACAUCUUGCUGUCUAUUUGCUGGACCUGUUUAUGGAUCGGUAUGACAUCUCUAUCCAGCAGCUGCAUUUAGUUGCACUUUCCUGUCUGCUUCUAGCAAGUAAAUUUGAAGAAAAAGAAGAUAGUGUGCCUAAGCUGGAGCAGCUCAACAGCCUGGGUUGUAUGACUAAUAUGAACCUAGUAUUAACAAAACAAAAUUUGCUACAUAUGGAACUGUUAUUAUUAGAAACCUUUCAGUGGAACCUCUGCCUUCCAACAGCUGCCCAUUUCAUUGAGUAUUAUCUCUCUGAAGCAGUACAUGAAACAGAUCUUCAUGAUGGCUGGCCAAUGAUUUGCUUAGAAAAAACUAAACUCUAUAUGGCCAAGUACGCAGAUUACUUCCUGGAAGUAUCUUUGCAAGUAGCUGCAGCAUGUGUGGCUUCUUCAAGGAUUAUACUUCGUCUUUCUCCAACGUGGCCUACAAGACUGCAUCGUCUUACUGCUUAUUCCUGGGAUUUCUUAGUGCAGUGCAUUGAACGGCUAUUAAUCGCUCAUGAUAAUGAUGUGAAAGAAGCAAACAAACAGAGAGGACAGGCAGGACCUCAGUCAGCACAACUGAGUGUGUUCCAGACAGCCUCCCAGCCCUCUCGGGCAGUUCACUUUCAGCAGCCUCAGUAUCUCCAUCAGACGCAUCAGACCUCACUGCAGUAUCGCCAUCCUGUAUCAGAACAACCAAGCUGUCAGCAGAUUGUGUCUACCACACACACCUCAUCUUAUACACUACAGACAUGUCCUGCUGGCUUCCAAACUAGUGUUCAGGGCCUUGGGCACGUGCAGACUGGUGUUGGGAUGUCACUAGCAAUACCAGUAGAAGUUAAGCCCUGUCUGAAUGUUUCUUAUAACCGGAGUUACCAGAUAAAUGAACAUUACCCUUGCAUUACUCCCUGCUUUGAAAGGUGAUUUUAUGUGAAGGUAAGACCUGAUCCAGACUGUUUGUGACUUGAAGCUCUGGGGCAAGCUUUUUGUAAACUUCUCUUCAAAAGGAAAGGGAUCCAAAUUGCAUCGGAACUCUUCAGAUGCCACCACCAGGAAGACUGAAUGUCCCUUCCAGGGUACCGUGAAUAUCUGGGAGGACUAAGCUAAUACUGCAAAUGCUGUGUAUGUCAGACCUGUUAAAACAAAUCUCUGUAUCACACAAAUUUUAAAGCCCCAAAUGAUGGUCCAAAUAUUUCAAAAAUAUUCAACACAACAGAAAAUUUGGACAGACUCCAAUUUGCCAUUUCUGGACUUGACCUGUGGUGGGCUCUGGGCCUAAUGUUGGCUUAUAUGUCAGAGACUAAUGUUUAUCUGUGGACUUGCCAAACAAGUCUUUUUAUGAAGGAAAGUUACAGUAUUAAUUUUUGAAGAGGUCCUUUUUUUUUAUUCUGCAGUUUUGAGUUAUAUUUUUGAUCUAUAAAUGAAUUUUGACUAAGUUUAAACUCAUGAAUUGCUAUGCUAUACCAGUCUGUGCAGUUAAAAUUUUUUUUAGAUAUUCUAUAUAACUUCCUAUCACAGAUAGUGUAGGUAUCUGGAUUCAUGUACUAAAAUCAAGGGUGGAGUAGAUCUCUUAAAAUCAUGGUCAUAACUUUUUGUUCUUGUUUUUUCCCUAAGUUAUCAACCUCAAAUCUUUAGAAUUAAAACACACUUAACUCAGGGAAUUUGUACUACUUGGAAACACUUAACUGUAAUGCAACAUGCUUUGGGAAUGUUAGUGUAUGAACUACCUUAAUAACAAAGGUUAAAAUACUCCUGCUAGAAUGUGUUUUCAAACGAGAACAUAACUGUAGCUUAGAAUGAAGUGGUCGUUCCUAUCAUUCAUAAUACACAUACAGGUUUUGCAUUUCUCAGUGCAAUCAAUGAUUUAUACUGAGAUUUGAAAUUACUCUAAAAAAGUUUUUUUCAAGGGAAGGCAUAACUGUAAACUAUCAGUACCAGAAUGAAGUCCUGUAGGUUUAUUUUGAAGUGGAAUGUGGCCAGGGUAGUUCUCAGGUUGUGCUAGAGCAGCACUUUGCUACGUGGAAGACAGGUUUUAUAAGCAACCUUUGAAUCUAGCCAGUCAGUGUGAGCAGGCAAAGGUGACUUUCAUUAGACUGGCCCCAGCACUGCCCUGGGAUAGUUCACUGUACUGGUAGUGAAGACAGCAAUAAGAAGUCACUACAGCAAGGGCAAUUUGGGGGUAAAGAGUUUGGAGGGAAUGAACUUAAAAAGGAAAAACUCAUUGAAAUAACUGAAGCUGUACACAUUGUGCUCUUAUCUGUGGGAGAAGAGAGAUUUGGUGGAGGGAAGCUUUCUGAUUUAAAAAUUAGUAAGGUGUGUCUUUGUGUUUUUUUUAAAAGAUAGCACUUGAAUAGAAGGGAAACUGCAUGGCAGGUAUGUGACUGUCACAAUAUGCAUUGAGGACAAACUUAUUAUAAAGAUGUUGUGGGUAUGCAGCAGGAGUCUCAGUAAUCAAGCCAAUGGCUUCUGUUAGGAAGGGAAGGGACUCAACACAGUAAUGGAUUGAUCCAGAUGGCUCCAGUAGAUGAAUGUGGGUGGGUGGCUUCUGCCAGCGUGAAUUCUUAGAGAAUGUCCUUUCCUUAAAAGGUAACUUUUAUAAUUAGAGUACAUAGGGCAUGAUGUGGAUUUAUUAGUAUGGUAGGUAAAACAAAAAACCACUCAGGUAAGAACACUCACUCAUGGCAGUUUUCAAACGUGAAAAUUGUUUUCUGAAAGUGUCGUCACUUUCUCGUUAUAGAAGGCUGCUAAUUGGAUUUUGGUAGUUCUUACCUCAAGAGAACUUGAAUUAUUUGGGGGAAAGAGGGUUCAAAAGAAAAUGUAUUUUUCACUUUCACAUUCAGAACCUAGCAACCUGGAGUCCAAUUUUCAGUAUUUUAACUACCUCAAUAAUACUAUUAUGAAUGUAAGAUAUUGGGAUAAAGAUCCCAACUUGAAACAACAACUGGUGCCUAUGGUAAUUUAAUGUCUUGUCAAAUGCUUUUACUGAUUGGUUUAAAUGUCAUUCUUGUUAUAGAAGAUACGCCUUUUAAAAAACCUUAUAAUAACACUUUCCCAAUUUAUAUUUAAAAAAGCUAAAGAACACUGGAUGAAAUUUUUUUGGAGUGGGUGAAAUAAAAUAAAUAAUUGGUUACUAUUGCUGCAUACCCAGGGUGGGGUGGGAUGGGGUGGCUGGAAAACCAGAACUAUUUUUAAAACAUUAUUAGGUUUCAGUACAACUCACAACUGCUAGCUGUGUGGGUUUUGUUUUGUUUAAUUUAUUGACUAGUCUUUAAAGUAGGUUUUUGUUUUUGUUUUUUGAGAUUACUGGACCAUCAUUAAAAGUGUACUGUGAAAAAAUUAAUGAUAUGUAUAAAAAGGGCUUUACCAAAGUCCACUAAAUAAACACUACUCAAGUACAGACUGCAAACCAAAAUGUAUCUGUGUUACGACGUUAAUUGCAAAUAGUGAGUAUGGUGCUAAGGUCUACACCAGUGGAAUUAGAUGAGUGCUAUGCACUUAAUUUUAAAAUAAAACUAGUUUUCAGUAAAA